AUGAGCGGACCCGGAGUUGGACAUCAGUUCCCAAGCCAGGAUGUGAGCUGGACCAAAAGAGACGCACUUCUCUUCGCAAAUAGUAUUGGGGCAAAGGCAGAUGAACUUCAUUUUCUCUAUGAACUACAUCCAAACUUCACUCUAUUCCCAACAUAUCCUAUUAUCCUCCCUUUCAAACUCACAAACCAAGAAGUAACCGACUUCUACGCGCAGAAAACUGGAAAUGCCAUCCCUGGUGUUCCCAACUUCGACUCCCGCCGCGUUGUUGACGGACAGCGCAAAAUGACCUUUCUCAAGCCCCUACCUGUCUCUAGUGCGGGCCGCCAGUUCGAACUGCGGAGCUCAGUUAUUGGCGUCUAUGAUAAAGGAAAGGUGGGAUCUGUCGUUGAGACGGAGCAGCAGAUUGUCGAUAAAGAGACCGGGGAAAUCUAUACCAAGGCUGUUGGGAGUGGGUUCUUCGUUGGGCAGGGAAAUUGGGGUGGCCCGAAAGGUCCGGCUACGGUGAAUUACCCUCCUCCCAAGGAUAAGGAGCCGGAUGUUGUCUACGAGUACCAGACAGAUGCGAAUACACCGUUGCUCUACCGUUUGAAUGGUGACUAUAACCCUCUCCACGCCACGCCGGAGCCAGGACAGAAAAUGGGUUUUGGCGGUGUCAUUAUCCACGGCCUGUUCAGCUGGAACAUGGCAGCCCACGCAAUCCUGAAGACAUUGGGUGGUAGUAACCCGAAGAAUCUCAAAGAGUUCCAGGCACGAUUUGCGUCCCCGGUGAUCCCCGGGGUAAAGCUGAUCACUGAGAUUUGGAGGACGGGGAAGCCCGAAGGUGGAUUUGAAGAAGUUGUGUUUGUGGUUAAGAAUGGCGAGGGAAAAGUUGUGUUGAGCAAUGGUCGGGCGUUGGUCAAUAUUGUUGGUGGGAAUAGUAAGCUAAGGCAAGUGGGAGGGUUUGCGGGAAUGAGUGGCUGGUUGCCAUAUAACAGACAGCUAGAAGAUAUUUUCCAGCCUUUUGCAGGAGAUGUCAUGGAUGAUAACACAUUCGACCUGUUCACCCAAUCUCCUCCACUGAGAGCCGAUGACGGAUCCGACAAUAAUGACAGCAAAUCUGCAGAACUACAAGCAAUCAACCACAUCCGCGACAUCCUUGACCUCUCAAUGCUGCCUGCCCUUGCAACACACAAUUUUCAAAGUCCUGUAUUUCUCGGCUAUGGUUCAGCAGAUGAGAAGGUCUCAGUGAAUCUGGGGCAGUCUAUGGUUGACUUUCUGCAAAAGAGGCUCGACAUGGAUGUUACAUGGAAGGCGUAUGGAGGUUUUGGUCAUUGGUGCAAGAUUCCUGAUGAGAUUGAUGACAUUGUUCGGUUUUUUGAAGGAGAAGAAGCAGCCAUUGGUAGAAUCACAUCAGCCAUGAAUUCUUCCUCCUUCGUGCCUAUCAAAAGAGCCAUUCAGGUUGUAGGCGAAAGAAUUCCAAGCACCAGCUUUGUAUAUCAAGCAUGCAGAGGACAACCGGCAAUCACAUCAUGGUCUGCUAGAAAGGCGCAUUCCUACGGCCUUAGUUUUCCUGGACGAGCCCGUAUGGGGUCUAUGGGAUUAUUUUCAUCCCUUGCUGCCAAUCAUCACCCAGCAGCGCUCGCCGGAGCUGCGAAACAUUCCGGCGCUGUGAGCGAGCAAGGUUAUCCACCUGUCUCGGUUGACCUUCCUGGGGGAGUUACGGGCAAAUGGCCGAGUCUAUGGUUAAGAGAUAACUGCCAGUGCAAGAAAUGCAUUCAUCCUGACACGAGGCAACGGCUUGUGGAUACAUUUUCGAUACCCGGAGAUAUUCAUCCAUCAACAGUGAGAAAGUUGGACAAUUAUUUAGAGAUUGAAUGGGCAAAUGACGGCCAUACCAGUACCUAUAGCUAUUCCUGGUUAUCAGAGCAUCAUCUCAAGCAGAGGGGGGAAUCAGACAUUGUUAGAUUCGGGGCUGAGAAACAAUCUGUUUCGAAUGAUCCUAAUACAUACCCCACUGUCUUGUACGACGAGGUCAUGCUAUCAGAUGAUGGCGUUCGAAAAUGGACAGAUCAAAUUUACCGGUGGGGCUUUUCUUUUGUCAAGGGAUGCCCGGCAACCCCUGAAGCUACGGAGAAGCUCCUGGAACGAAUAGCAUUCAUCAGACCAACACACUAUGGUGGAUUUUGGGACUUCACAUCCGAUCUUUCUCUAAAGGACAUGGCCUACACAACAGAAGGUCUUGGCGGCCAUACCGAUACCACGUAUUUUACCGAUCCGGCAGGCCUUCAGAUGUUCCAUAUGCUCUCCCAUACCAACGGUUCUGGUGGAGAGUCACUGCUCGUCGAUGGCUUUGAGGCUGCUAAGACCCUCUACAAUGAGGACCCAGAGGCUUAUGAGGUUCUGAAAGAAUUUGGCGUCGAUGGGCAUGCUAGUGGCAAUGAGCAUGUCUGUAUCCAACCGGCGUGUCCGUUUCCAGUCUUUAACCAUCACCCGAUUACUGGAGAACUGUAUCAAGUCCGAUGGAAUAAUGAGGAUAGGAGGCCAAUGGUCAACGGGUCUCCGGAGGAAAUAAGCAAAUGGUACGCUGCAGCACGGAAAUGGAAUGAAAUCAUUACGAGGAAGGAUAUGGAACAUUGGUUUCAGUUGGAUCCAGGUUCCCCAAUGAUAUUUGACAACUGGAGAAUGCUCCACGGUCGGGCGCCAUUUUCGGGGAAGCGGAGGAUAUGUGGUGGCUACGUGAAUCACGACGAUUUCAUGUCUCGAUACUGGUUGCUUAGGUAUGGGCGAGAGAAAGUAUUGAAUAAAAUAUAGUUGGUUAGAUAUGUUGUAUACAAAAAGCACAUACAGGAUCCUCGUAAAUAUGCAUUCUUCUUGAGAAUAUCAGUAUGCUUUGAAAAUAAUAAGGAUGGAGUCUGUUUGUAUAUCACAUGACCCAUAAUGGCAGGAGGCUAGUCCAGAUCAGGAAUAGCAACAUUGGCCUCAUGUAAUCUG